CGAAAUCGAUAUCCCCUUAUCUCAACUCGCCUCGACCCUACUUAAUGGCGCCCGGCGAGCAUAUCCGCCGCGACCCGGCAGCGCACGCUCCUCCUCUGACCCUCUCCGGAGACGCUUCGGGCAUGAACUAUGCAACCCUACACGCCUGUGGCCUCGCCGGACUCCCACUCGACCUCUCCCCCCGUCUCUUCGACGACGGUGUGGACUCCGUUUCCCACGCCUUCUCUGGCGACGAUUUCCUCAUGUACGAGUUCAAGGUCCGGCGCUGCCCUCGCGGCCGGUCCCACGACUGGACCGACUGCCCCUACGCCCACCCGGGCGAGAAGGCGCGCCGGCGCGACCCUCGCCGGUUCCACUACUCCGGCACGCCUUGCCCGAGCUUCCGCAUCGGAGGCGGGCGGUGUCGCCGCGGCGACGGAUGCGAGUACGCCCACGGGGUGUUCGAGACGUGGCUCCACCCUGCGCGCUACCGCACGCAGCCUUGCAAGGACGGCGCCGCGUGCCUCCGCCGCGUCUGCUUCUUCGCGCACUCGCCCGAGCAGCUCCGCGUCGUUCUUCCGUCGAGUCCUAGAUCGCCGGGAAAGUGCGGAGGCGCCGUGAUGCCUGCAUCGCCGACGUCUACGCUGGCGGCUGCGACGAUGUAUUCGCCGUCUUACGGAUCUUCGUCGCCGUCGUCGCCGGUGGCGGUGGAGGACGUGGUGGCUGUGAUGUCUAAGCUCAGGCUGAGCGAGAUGAGAUCUUCGAUGCCAUUUGGUACCCGAACGGUGGAAGCGGGGUUCCUGGCGACCGCUUGCGUCCCUCCACUGUCUCCGGCGAGCAGAACGACAGAAGACAAAAAGGCGACGACGAAUUGGAGCUUAAAGGAAGCCAAGCUUCUUGCUGGCCGGAGGAACGAGGAAGACGAGGAAGAGGCGGCGCGGGAUUUGGAAUGGGUGUCAGAAUUGGUGAAGGAUUGAAUCAAAGCUAUCAGCUUCGCCAUAAAAGUUGGUAUUUUUCCCCAAAACAGUUUGUCAAUACUUGUGAAGUCGAUCUAGAUAACAAAGAUGAUUUUUUUUUUUUGUUUUAAUUUGCUGAAAAAAAUCUCUGGUAGGAGCUCCGAAACAAAGAUCGGGAAUAUAUUUGAAGAUUGUUUGGAUAAAAAAAAGCUUUGUUUUUGGGUCGAAAACCUCUGAAAAAAAGUUUUCUACCUUUUGUAAUUUGGAAGGAUAAUUCCUGUAAUUGUUUGUUUCGGAGCUCCCAAACUUGUAUACUGCAUGUCUAGCUGUGUUCUUCAGUAUGCUGCUUAAUGUAAAGUGAG